GUGAUGGGAUCCCUUCGUGUUUUUGAAGUUAAUAUUUAGGUUUGUAAUCGUCCUAACGAUUCUUGAUUGUUCUUGCGAACAAAAAUCAUUAUACAGCUCCGAUUUACGCGACGUAGAACGGACCACAACGUUUUGGAAACACAUUUGCCAUGGGUCCGAAAAAGUAUCAUCGGUCCCGUUCUGGCUCUCGUAUUCGGAACCGAAACAGGUCCAAAAUAAGUAGAUCACGAUCACCCGAAGAGAAAAGAUGCCGGAGUCGGUCCGUGGGUCGGAACCAAAAUCCCCAGAGAAUUGCGCGUUCUGAGAGCGGAAGCUCGGACAGCAGUGGUGGAUCUGCGGGGCGACAAUGGCCGCCUAGCAGAGGCCAUCCCGGGUCGAGAAGCGACUCAGACAGCGACCAGAGACGUAAACUGAAGGGCAAGUCAAAAGACCGAUCCAGCUCUGACUCAGAUGAUCCAAAGGAGAGGAAGGAAAGAGAGAAAAAGAAAGGCAGAAGAGAAGACAAAGGAGAGAAGAGGGGCUGCAGCCAGUCCCAGUCCGAUUUAGGGUCCAGUGUAAACCGGAAGAGAGUGAAGGAUGGGGGGAGCAUUGACCGGGAGAGGAGAUGGCAGAGGAGUGCAGACAGAGGGAGCAGAAGCCCUAGCAGAGAGAGGGAACGACAGAUCAGGGAGAGGAUGAAAAGCAGAGAGAGGGACCCAAGCCGAGGUGAGGAGAGUAGUCAAGACAGAGAGAGAAGCAGCCGGAGGAGUGAAAACCGCGGGAGGAGAGAGGGAAGCAGCGGUAGGGACAAAGAUAGGAAAAGACGUCGCUCUGGCUCCUCUGACUCGUCUAAGAGCUCUGGGUCGGAGGGCGGGGCCUGUGGAGGCAGCCCGGGGUCUGGAGAGGCCGGGCCCUCGGCCCGAGAUGAGAAGAAGAACCAGAGAGAGAUGCUGAAGGCCCUGGAGACCCCAGAGGAGAAGAGGGCCAGACGACUGGCCAAGAAGGAGGCCAAGGAGAGGAAGAAGAGGGAGAAGAUGGGCUGGAGUGAGGAGUACAUGGGCUAUACCAAUGCAGACAACCCCUUUGGAGACAACAACCUGCUGGGCACCUUCAAAUGGCAGAAGGCUCUAGACAGGAAGGGCAUUGGCCAUCUGGGUGAGAAGGACCUGAAAGACAGAAACAAACGCAUCCAGGAGGAGAAUCGUAGAGAACUGCAGAAGGUGAAGCAGCUGCGACUGGAGAGGGAGAGAGAGAAGGCCAUGAGAGAGACGGAGCUAGAGAUGCUGCAGAGAGAGAAGGAGGCAGAGCAUUUCAAAACCUGGGCAGAACAAGAGGAUAACUUCCACCUGCACCAGGCCAAGCUACGGUCUAAGAUCCGUAUCCGUGACGGCCGUGCUAAGCCCAUAGACCUGUUGGCUAAGUACAUCAGUGCUGAGGAUGACGACCUGGCUGUGGAGAUGCACGAACCUUACACCUUCCUCAAUGGACUCACCGUCACUGACAUGGACGACCUGCUUGAAGACAUCAAGGUGUACAUGGAGCUGGAGCAGGGCAAGAAUGUGGACUACUGGAGGGACAUGACCACCAUCACAGAGGAUGAGAUCAGCAAGCUCCGGAAACUGGAGGCAUCUGGAAAAGGCCCAGGUGACCGUCGUGAUGGCAUUAACACGUCAGUGAGCACCGAUGUUCAGAUAGUGUUUAAGGGAAAGACCUACAGCCAGCUCCAGGCGCUGAACCUCAACAUGGAGACUAAGAUCCGAGCUGGGGGAUCCAACCUGGACAUAGGCUACUGGGAGAGUCUGAUGCAGCAAGUCCGGGUCUACAUGGGCCGAGCACGGUUGAGAGAGAGGCACCAGGAUGUGUUGCGUCAGAAGCUGUUCAAGCUGAAACAGGAACAGGGAGUGGAGAGUGUGCCUCUCUUCCCCAUUAUCAAAGAGGAGGAAGAGGAUGUGCCCGAGAAAGAAGACCCUCCCUCAAAGGAGCCUGGCGCCGCCUCUUCCUCCCCUUCCGCCAAUCAGAAGAGCGCUACAGAGAAGGAUGACCAAGUGGCAGGCCCAUCCACAGAGGGAGAUGGUGAGAAGGAGGGAGAGGAGAAGGGUGAGGUGGUAGAGGCAGUUCUGACCGAGGAGGAUUUGAUCCAGCAGAGCCAGGCAGAGUAUGACUCUGGCCGCUACAGUCCCACCCUGCUGCUGCCCUCAGAGCUACCGCUGGACACACACACCAUCACACCUGACGAAGACACACAAAAACUACACCUCUCACGCACACAGCUCGCCGUCACAGGUGAUGCCAAUGAGAAUGCGGAGGAUGAGUUUGUGCGUCGUGCCAAACAGGGCAUGGGCGGGGACGAGGCUCAGUUUAGCGUGGAGCUUCCCCUAACGGGCAAGAUGUACCUGUGGGCCGACAAAUACCGUCCCCGGAAACCCCGCUUCUUCAACAGGGUCCACACAGGCUUUGAGUGGAACAAAUAUAACCAGACGCAUUACGACUUCGACAACCCUCCGCCUAAGAUCGUCCAGGGCUACAAGUUCAACAUCUUCUACCCGGACCUGAUCAACAAACGUUCCACGCCGCAGUACUUCCUAGAACCCAGUCCUGACAACAAGGACUUUGGGGUUCUGCGGUUCCACGCGGGCCCGCCAUACGAGGACAUUGCCUUUAAGAUCGUGAACCGCGAGUGGGAGUACUCUCACCGUCAUGGGUUCCGCUGUCAGUUCGCCAAUGGGAUUUUCCAGCUGUGGUUCCACUUCAAGAGGUACCGCUACAGGAGAUAGAACUGGCUAACUGUCCAACACCAACCCAGACUGGGAACCUCAGACUGUCAGGUUUUAACCAUAGAUAUGCUAUGUUAAUGUACUGUGUAUCUGUUGUGUUUUUAUUGGUUGUCUUAGUGUUAACCUUUCUCUUUGUUAUCACUACGGCAACCCAGACCAUUCCGUUGUCACAAAGAAUGGUUUCCAUUUGUUUGAUCAGCUACUGCUUUUCAAUGUACAGUUGAAUUUGGAAGUUUACAUAUACCUUAGCCAAAUACAUUUAAACUCAGUUUUUCACAAUUCCUGACAUUUAAUCAUCCUAGUAAAAAUUCCCUGUCUUAGGUCAGUUAGGAUUACCACUUUA